ACCAUUGUGCUUCAGGGAGCUGCUGGGAUUGGGAAAACAAUGACAGUAAGAAAGAUCAUGUUGGACUGGGCAUCUGAAAAAAUCUGCCCUGGCAGAUUUGAUUAUGUUUUCUACAUAAGCUGCCGAGAAAUGAACCUGUCUACCAAGCAGAUAAGUGUUGCUGAUUUGAUUUUAAACAAUUGCCCUGACAGAAAUGCGCCAAUUAAAGAUAUUUUGAUGGAUCCAGAAAAACUCCUUUUUAUAAUUGAUGGUUUUGAUGAACUGAAAUUUCAUUUGAUGAACAAAUCACUAAUCUAUGCACUAAUUGAUCCCCGUGAGAAGCAGCCAGUGGAAAUCAUAUUGGGCAGUUUAUUUAGGAAAAAAGUUCUUCCAAAAUCAUUCUUACUGAUCACAACAAGACUGACUGCUCUGGAAAAACUCCAAAACUGUCUAAAGUUUCCGUGUUAUGCAGAAAUCUUGGGAUUUUCUGAGGAAGACAGGGAGGAGUAUUUCCACAAGUUCUUUGAAGAUACAAAACAAGCAGCACAAGCUUUUGGAUUUUUGUGCUCCUUAGCCAGAGAAGGAGUCUGGCGAAAGAUCAUACUGUUUGAAGAAGAUGAUCUCAAGAAGCAUGGUUUAGAUGUAUCCAAUAUUCAAUCCCUCUUUCUCAACAAGAGCAUUUUUCAAAAAGAUAUUGACUGUGAACAUGCCUACAGCUUCAUUCACCUAAGUUUUCAAGAUUUUUUUGCAGCUUUGUUUUAUGUACUGGAGGAAGAGGAAGAAACAGUGGAAGAAAUGAAGGAGAUUGAGAAAUGCUUAGGCUAUAAAACUUCACUUGAAACAAAGCCCAAAGUACUGAACUGGGUUGAAGAAGUAGGCAUAGCAUUGGCAUCUCUGUCCUCUAAAGACCGGAACGAAAAUAAGUUGAAGUUUGAAUUGUUCCACUUUUUGUUUGAGAUUCAAGAAGAAGAAAUUGUGACACGUGCAAUGGAUUGUUUCCCACUCAUUCACCUGGAGCGGACUUGUUUUUCAAAAAUGCAGUUUACAGUUCUUCCCUUCUGUUUGAAGAACUGUCGAAGAAUGCAUGCAAACCAGCCCCUGACACAGUUGGAUGAGGAUGAACAGGCCUGCCAGAGUAAUUUAAUAAAAAAAGAGCUGGUGGAAGGAUUGAAGCAUCCAAACUGCAAAGUGCAGAAACUUGGUACAAAUCAAACUUUGAAAGAGCUGGACCUGAGAGGCAGCAAACUGGGAGAAUCAGGAGUGAAACAGCUGCGUGAAGGACUGAAACAUCCUGACUGCAAACUGCCGAAACUGAUGUUGGGACACUGUGGUAUCAUUUUCUAUGAUUGCAAGUAUCUUACCUUAGUUCUCAGUACAAAUCAAACUUUGAAAGAGCUGGACCUGAGAGGCAGCAAACUGGGAGAUUUAGGAGUGAAGCAGCUGUGUGAAGGACUGAAACAUCCCAAUUGCAAACUGCAGAAACUAGUCUUGGGACACUGUGGUAUCACAGCCUCUGAUUCCAAAUAUUUUGCCUCAGUUCUCAGUACAAAUCAAACUUUGAAAGAGCUGGACCUGAGAAGCAGCAAACUGGGAGAAUCAGGAGUGAAACAGCUGUGUGAAGGACUGAAACAUCCCAACUGCAAACUGCCGAAACUGAUGUUGGGAGACUGUGGUAUCGCAGCCUCUGGUUGCAAGUAUUUUGCCUCAAUUCUCAGUACAAAUCAAACUUUGAAAGAGCUGGACCUGAGAGGCAGCAAACUGGGAGAUUUAGGAGUGAAGCAGCUGUGUGAAGGACUGAAACAUCCCAACUGCAAACUGCAGAAACUGGUGCUGUCUUACUGCACACUCACAGCUGUUUGUUGUGGGGAUCUUUCCUCUGUCCUCAGUACCAAUCAGACUCUGAGAAAGCUGGACCUGGAGAGAAAUGAACUGGGAGAUUCAAUGUUAGUGGGAUAUUCAGGAGUGCAGCAGCUUUGUGUAGGAUUGAAGGAUGAAACCUGCAAACUGGAGAUACUCAGGCAAGUCACGCUAAUUAUUUUAGUUCAUUACAUCACAUCCUCAGUUCUGCCCUAGGAGGGAUGCCAGUCUUCCAAUACCCUAUCCCCAACUUUCCCCACCAUAAGAAACAGACCAGUUUCUCUCUCUUUCUCUCUCUCUCACACA